UAAAUCAUAUGGAAACAGAAAUGAGAAUAGAAACUGACACUGACAGUGCGCGGCAGGACUGACAAACAUAGUGAGGUGUGUUCAAGGUAUUGGUGCACUGGCUGCUUAUGCUAAGGUUUGUGAUUCAAAAUGCACCCAUCCUCCUGUGACACCUUUGUGGCUCUGUCCCCCUCCACUGAAAGACAACGCGUCGUCUUUGGAAAAAACUCUGACAGGCCUUGUGAUGAAGUCCAAGAGGUUGUGUAUUUUCCUGCCAGAGACUAUGGUGCAGAGGAGAAGGUUGAGUGUACAUACAUAGAGAUAGAGCAGGUUGCCCACACUCAUGCAGUUGUGUUGAGCAGACCGGCGUGGCUGUGGGGGGCAGAAAUGGGCGCAAACGAGCAUCAAGUGUGUAUUGGAAAUGAAGCAGUGUGGGGCAGAGAGAGUGCUGACGGCGACGAAGCUCUUCUCGGCAUGGAUCUUGUCAGGCUUGGACUUGAGAGAGCCGACACAGCUGAGAGAGCUGUGAAUGUUAUCACUGAGCUGCUGGAGAAAUAUGGCCAGGGGGGAUCUUGCAUGGAGGAUGAGUGUGGCUUCACCUACCACAACAGCUUCCUCAUCUCAGAUAGGACAGAGGCAUGGCUGCUGGAGACAUCAGGGAAGUACUGGGCAGCAGAGAGAGUGGAAGGUGGAUACCGCAACAUUUCAAACGAGUAUGGCAUAACGACUAAGAUAGACAAGGAACAUCCAGGAAUGAGGGAAUAUGCACGAAGCAAAGGCUGGUGGGAUGGAAAGACUCAGUUCAACUUUGCCACAGUCUUCUCCUUUUUGACUACAGCCAGAAUUGAAGCCUCUGGGACCCGAUACUGUGCGGGGAAGAAAUUGCUGGAAAAGAGCUAUGGUCACAUCACUGCUGAGUCAAUGAUGGGUAUCCUGAGGGAUAAAGAGAGUGGCAUCAACAUGGAGGGCAUGUUCAUGACCACAGGAAGCAUGGUGUCUGUGAUACCCAGGGAUCCCACUCUGCCAGGGGUUCACUAUUUUACAGCAACUCCAGACCCUGAAAGGUCUGUGUUCAAACCUUUCAUCUUUGUGAAGAACCUCAUUCCGCUGAAAGAAACAACUUCUCCCACUUAUGGUCAGGAUGACCCUGUGAAGAAGAAACCCCGCUUCCAGUGCAAACCUGACCGCAAACACGAGUUGUUUGUCAAACAUGAACUGGUGGCUGCCAUCACUGAAUCCUACAAGGACAGAGGAAAGAAGAUCACAGAAAGUUUGAGGCAGCUUGAGAAAGAAAAGAUGGCACAGAUGGAGGGCCUUCUUACACAUGGUAUUGAGGAACCUGACAUUUGGGCAGAUCUGUUCUCAAGCUCUGUAAAGGAGGAGAUGGCUGUGUACAACAAAAGCUGAGAGACCCACUACUUGUUGGAACCACAGAACAGGCCUGAAGGGUGACAAUAGCAGUAUCUGCCUCUGCAGUUUACCUUCUAGUCGGGUAGAAGUACAAAUAUGCUCGUAUGAUAAAUCAGAAUACAACUGAAUAUUUAUUAAAGGGCAAUUUCUGAAUUUUAA